UGUGAAAGAUUGUGAAAGCUUCUGCAGCUCAGAGAGAUUUGUGAAAGAGUUGCCUGGAACUUGCAACAGGUUUGCAAAAUGGGAAAAAUUUUAACGUUUGUGAUUGUGAGUGUUUUGGUUGCUUAUUUAGCAAUGCAGUGGGCUGCACCAAGAUUCGACCCAGAAUCUCUCAAAGGUGCCAGAGUGUUGGUGACUGGAGCCAGUACAGGUAUUGGUGAACAAAUUGCAUAUCAUUAUGCUCGCUUUGGAGCCCAGAUUAUUAUCACAGCGAGGAGGGAGAAGGUUUUACAGCAGGUAGCUGAGAAGUGUCUAAGUCUGGGAGCCCAGAAAGCUUUUUAUAUAGCAGCAGACAUGGCCAGUGAAUCUGACCCUGACAAGGUGGUUGAUUUUGCUCUGGAGAAACUGGGAGGUUUGGACUACUUGGUUCUAAACCACAUUGGCCCGACUCCCUUUGGCGUGUGGGAGGGAGAUGUGGAACAUACCAGGUGGUUAAUGAAGGUAAAUUUCUUCAGCUACACUCAGAUGGCCUGGAGAGCUUUGCCCUCUCUUGAGCAAAGUAAAGGAUCUUUGGUGGUUGUUUCAUCACUAUUAGCAUCUCUCAAAGGUGCCAAGGUGUUGGUGACAGGAGCCAGUUCAGGCAUCGGUGAACAAAUGGCAUAUCAUUAUGCUCGCUUUGGAGCUCAGAUUGUUAUCACAGCAAGGAGGGAGAAGGUUUUAGAGCAGGUUACUGAGAAGUGUUUGAGUCUGGGAGCCCAGAAAGCUCUCUUCAUACCAGCAGACAUGUCCUCUGAGUCGGACCCUGACAAAGUCAUCGAUUUUGCUGUGAAGAAACUGGGAGGCUUGGACUAUCUGGUUCUCAACCACAUUGGCGUGACUCGCUUUGCAAUGUGGAAUGGAGACGUGGAUCAUGUCAGGUGGCUCAUGAAGCCCAAUUUCUUCAGCUACAUACAAAUGGCCUGGAGGGCCUUGCCCACCUUGGAACAAAGUAAAGGCUCUUUGGUAAUAGUGUCAUCAAUAGUAGGGAAAGUGAGCAAUCCUUUUGUAGCCCCAUACACUGCAACAAAAGCUGCCUUGAAUGGAUUCUUUGGCUCCCUCAGUCACGAACUUGCAAUGAAGAAAAGCAACGUGUCCGUCUCGUUAUGCACUCUCGGAUUUAUUGACACUGAAUCAGCAGUGAACGCCGUCAAAGGAAUCAUUACGGCACCACCGUACCCUGCUUCAGAAGCUUCAUUGAAUAUCAUCAUAACAGGAGCAACAAGGCAGCCGGAGCUGUUCUACCCCUGGUUCACAUAUGUCAUGAAUCUCAUCAAAGACUGGUCCCCCUCCUUAACAAACCAUCUCAUCCGGAACUCCCUUAACUACAAUCCAUAGAAAACAUGUUUAUGAUGACCCCCUCCUAAAAAAAAAGAUUUCAUAUUCUAUUCUAAAAUGUACUUACAUCUUACUCACAAUCAACUGCACUUUAAUUUAG